AUGGCCUUGAUUCCGCGCGGACAGUGGGGGGUGAUGGAGCAACACCUCGCCAACAGCCCCCUCCUCCAGGAGGGCCCCACCGCCGUGCGCAUGUUCCGCCAGACGGCGGACAGGACUGAGGUCCCAAUGCUAUGCCAGGUCGGCAUGUGCAGCGGUCGGUUGAUGCUUUUCGUUGGCACGACCAACACGACCGUGAUGUGGAGCAGCUGCGAACUGCCCAUCACUCGUGUGGAGUUUGUGGACCCGGAGAUACAGCAGCGCAUGGGCGAGCUGUACCAGAUCAUGGGCAACCAGGAGGGACGGUUGCAGUCCCUCGAGCAGCAGCAGGGGAUAAACGCGAACACGAUCACGUCCGCACUUACAUCCCUGCAGGUGAACACCACCUCGACCUUGGAUAGGCACGUGUCCGCGGCAGCGUAG